CCACGCCCUCUUUAGUCAGCCGAAAGUAAAAUAGAGAGGGAAAGAGAUGCCGGGGCCGACGUCGGAGAUGGAGCCUGUCGAGCCACAGUCCUUGAAGAAACUCAGCUUCAAGUCAUUAAAACGAGCACUCGAUCUCUUCUCCCCCAUACAUGGCCACUUCGCCCCUCCCGAUCCUGAGAGUAAGAAGUUGCGGAUUAGCUACAAGAUACAUGCUGAAUAUGGGGCAAUCAGAAACUUGCCAAGCCAGCUUGCGAGUCAAGUCAAUUCAGCUCCAAAAGAUCAAGCUUCUGCUCUUUCUGAAGUAUUGGCUCUUCCAGGACCUGAAGAUUCUAGAGAUCUGCAGUCAGGAGGGGCUCAAAAUUCUUUGGUUGUUGGUCCAUCCGUGCAACUAAAGAGAGCAAAUGAUGCAGGUCUUCCAGAUAUAAGCACUGCUGGGGUCCUUGCCUCUGUUCCUGGGACAUCUGAAAGGAAUCCAUCAACUUCUGCUUUAAUUGAAAGGAUUCCAAGCAAAUGGCCACGUCCUGUAUGGCAUCCUCCAUGGAAGAACUACAGGGUCAUUAGUGGCCAUUUAGGAUGGGUUAGAUCUAUUGCAUUUAAUCCUAGCAAUACAUGGUUCUGUACUGGCUCCGCAGACCGCACAAUAAAGAUAUGGGAUGUAGGGAGUGGAAGGCUAAAGCUCACAUUAACUGGGCAUAUUGAACAAAUACGCGGCCUUGCUGUGAGCAACCGCCAUACUUACAUGUUCUCUGCGGGUGACGACAAACAGGUUAAAUGUUGGGACCUUGAACAAAACAAGGUUAUACGGUCGUAUCAUGGGCAUCUAAGUGGUGUGUAUUGCUUAGCUCUUCAUCCCACUAUUGACAUUUUGCUUACUGGGGGACGUGAUUCUGUCUGCCGGGUCUGGGAUAUUCGUACUAAGACGCAGAUUCAUGCUCUUUCUGGCCAUGAUAACACAGUUUGCUCAGUUUUUACUCGUCCCACUGAUCCACAAGUUGUUACUGGAUCUCAUGACACAACUAUCAAGUUCUGGGACCUUCGUUAUGGAAAAACAAUGCUGACACUCACACAUCACAAGAAGUCUGUUCGAGCGAUGGCACUUCAUCCUAAAGAGAAUUGUUUUGCAUCUGCAUCAGCAGACAACAUAAAGAAGUUUAACCUUCCAAAAGGAGAGUUUAUGCACAAUAUGCUCUCCCAACAGAAAACAAUCAUAAAUGCAAUGGCAGUCAAUGAGGAUGGUGUGAUGGCAACAGCAGGUGACAAUGGGAGCUUGUGGUUCUGGGAUUGGAAAAGUGGUUAUAACUUCCAGCAAGCUCAAACUAUUGUCCAACCCGGAUCAUUGGAUAGUGAAGCUGGGAUCUAUGCUCUCUCCUAUGAUAUAACUGGGUCAAGGCUCGUUACUUGUGAAGCAGACAAGACCAUUAAGAUGUGGAAAGAAGAUGAGAAUGCCACCCCAGAAACUCAUCCCGUCAACUUCAAGCCACCUAAAGAUCUUCGGCGAUUCUAAUGGUCCAUUUGCCUUAAAGGUUCUAAUUUGUGAUAUACUUUACAUUUGUAACAUGGAUUUGUUCCCUCCCUUUAUGAAUUACAGUUACAACGUGGGCGGCAGUUUGCAUGUAAAAAAUGCUGCAUGAAUAUCUCAUUAUUCCAUUGUAGCAAAAUCCACCUGAAUUGGGCAACCUGUUUUUCAGCAGAUGAAGAGCGGCCUAAAAUCCACUUGUUUUUCUACCUAUCACAACCAAUGUCAAUGUGUAUGUAACUUUGGUCUGUUUAGCGGUACUACAUUUAUUUCAUUUUGUGAUUUCAUAUUUUUUAUGUUGAUGGUAUUAUUACAAGAUCUUUAUCACU